UUUUCGUGGACUCAGGUUUGGCGCCAAAGUCAAGUUCAUAUUGCCAUCAUGGCGGAAGAUGAAAUUAUCUAAAAUGAGAUCCUUGACACAACAUACACAAUGGAAGAUAAAAUUUUACAGCUUUGCAGAGAUAGUAACUCGAAGCAGCUGAAGAAUUUUAUCAACAGCCUUGAUAUAACCGAGAUUCUUGAUAAUAUUACAAAACUGCUUGAAGCAGAGGCAGAAGAAUCAGUUAUCUUUCUCAGGCAUGUUUUUGAAGGUAAAAUGUCCGAAGGUUUUCAAAAAGAUGCUGUUAAGAUAUACAUUCAUCUUUUCAAUUAUUUGAAUGAAAAUGAACUACCUCCAAAGUUGGCAUCUGACGUCAUCAGCCUUCUUCUUGUUGAGAUUGACGAUCUCAGCAUCAAAACUUUGGUAGAGGUUAUAGAUUUCAUGAUAAAUUGUGUCAAAUCUGGAGCAGUAAUAACUUCCAAACCACUGGAGUUGUUUCCAAAGAUUCUUGCAAGUUUGUCAAACCUGCGAACAGUGCCUUUGAAAGACAAUGGCGAGAUGAAUGGAGAUGACUACAAAAGCCACAUUUUGAACACAUUAUGCUCAUGCAGAUGGUCUCCAAAAACUGUAAUACACAUUGUAAAGAUGCUAAGGGAUGUUGAAAUGACGCAAGAUGAGCUUCGCUUUGUGUUGACAAAAAUAAACAGAAUAAUGCCUGAGGUGGAUUUCCAAAAUUUCCCUGCACUGUGCUACCAAGUUUUACUUCUGUCAUCACAGGGCCAGAAGCAACUUGUAUUGGAUGGGAUAUGCUCUUUUGUGAACGCACAAGACAGAGGAUCAGCUGGUGAAGAUGAAGAUUUUCAUGCGGCUGUAGAGAAUCCUCUGUUGAAACAGACCAAAGGCACUGUUAUUAUCCACGUGACAUUUGCAGUCAAGCAAGAUCAAGAACUAGGAAGAGAAUUUUUGAAAUAUCUGAAGGCGAGCAGAAAAGGAAAAGAGCAGGACAAACUAACUCCAUUUAAUGUUUCUCUUGCAUUGGCCAUUUCAAGUAUUAGACGUUUGCAGGACAAUAUAUUUGAUCACCUCAAGUCUCUGAUUAUUAAGGCAUACAAAGAAGAAGAAAGGAGAAAGAAUUCAUGUUGGUUUAGAGAACUGUACAAAGAAGGGUGUGAUAUAGAUGCAAUAUUUUCAUCCGUCCUACAAUACAGUAACCAAGGCUGGGAUGAUGUUGUACAAGGCAUUACUCGAUUCGGGAUGCUUCUCAUGGAUUCAUAUGCGGUCAAGCAGAAUGACCUUUUCGAAAUUUGGUCACCAACUACACCAGCCCAGAAAGCUUGCAGUUUAGGUGCAAGGAUAUUGAAAUUUACUUUUCAGAAUCAAGAGCUUCUACGCGAAGAAAUAAUUUCACACAUUUUAAACACAGCGGCAACCAAAUCGAAUCUAAGUGCAACUCAUUACGUUGAUCUAUUGGCUUCUCUAGCAGCCUCCGUUCCUCAAGUCAUGCUGGAUUGUCUUCCCAAGAUCAAAGAGGUAUUUGAUUACAUAUCGCUGUUAACGCCAUCCAUCGCUGAGGGAGUCUUACACGCUGUACUUCCAAUUAUGAAAAUAAGCCUCACAAUGAAGGAUUCAUUACUGUUGGUUUUAAGAAAAGCAUUGUUCUCAAGGCAGAUGGAAUCUCGGCGAAUUGCAGUCACAGGAUUUCUGCUGAUCCUCAAACAUUUCAAGAUACCAGUAGAGGACAAUGUGAUGCCAUGCUCAAGCCAGUUUGCGGCAACCCAGUUGUAUUCAUGUAGUCAAAUGGAAAUCCCAACUUCAUCUAGGCUCCAUUCUUCAGUUAACGAAUCUGUAUGUCUGGAAGUUUUAGGCAAUUUGAGAAGAUGCCUCUCUCAUCAAUUUGAAGUAAAAUGUCAACUGUACGAGGGUCUAUUUGAGGUUGUAUCGAAAAAUCCCAGACUGACAUAUCCUGUAUUGGAUUUUUUGUUUACGCAGUUUAAGAAGUAUUACGAGCCUAGUCCUGAUAUCCCUGCUGUUGUGAAACUCGACCUGUGCGUCUCAUUUUCUGAUCAACAAGCAGUGCUUAUCGAGCCAUUGUCUGAUUUGUUGAAUGCGCUCCAACUCUGUACCAAAAAGUCAGGAUUCAGGCUGGACAAAGCUGAAGACGAAGACGAACCAUUGUCACAACUUCUGGACGACAUCGAGGAAACCUUGCAGCAGUGUACGAAGCGAAUGUUAAAAGCGGAUCUGGAAGAUUUUGAAUUGGAUAAAUCAGCUGAUCUGAGUAUAACAACGAGUGUUGGAAUGAAAAAUAACAUUUAUGCAAAGCAGGUUGUAGCUCUUUACGAGGUUUUAAUAGAAUACAAUUGGAUGACAGGGAAUUACAGUGAAGAAGCAGCCAACAAUGUAAUCAAACUCUUUGAAAAUAGAAUGAAAGUUAACGAGUUACUUUCUGAAAAGAGUGCAGUCUCCUCGGGCAAAAAAGGGAAAGUGUCAACAGGGAAACAAGGGUCCCUCGUUCUUUCUAUGAAGUGCGUUGCAAAUUUUCUCGAGGCAAUUUUCUGCGAUACUGAUGCAGAACACGAGAAAGGAAUCCAACCACUAAGGGAAACCCUCGACUUCGCUCGGUUUAUUGUGACGUCAGUUUUACAUAAGUUAUCUCAAAUCCAUGACACUAAAAGAUGUGACGGCCCGGGAGGCAAGACCCCACAGCAUCUAGUUAAACAAUGCUGUAUACUUGGGAGGACGUUUCUAUUCGCAAUCAAUGGAGAUACAUGCCUACCAGACAAUCUGUUGAAGAAGGAAAAGGCCGGCAGAUUCACGGGCAGUUGUAUCGAAGGAUUCCAGCUCAUCAUCUACAUUUUGUGCAAUCAUUUUCCAAAACAUUUGACACGAUUCCUAAAUUCCCUAGAUUUUUCCCCAAGUUUCCUGACACAGGCAAAUGACGAUGAUCCAUUUGAUGCCAUCCAUCGACAUCUCAGAAGAUUUCAGAGGAUGGCGUUGAACAUGUUUGUGUCACCCGACGAUGACCGUGCGAUGAAGGAAGGGCUCACCAUUAUAAACAUUAUGGCUAAACUUACAGAUCAUCUUGACGAAACAAGGAUCCCACAAGUCACCACAUGGCUACAAAAUGUGUGUGUCGAACAAAAUCUAGGCGAUCCUAUGCUUGUCAAGGCUUUGCUGUCUUUGCUUCUGACGCUGCACAGGAAAUCCAAUUCAAGAAACAAUCUGAUACGAGCGAUCUCCCAGGAUAUUCACAGUCAACUCGGUGACAUUGAUGAAGAAGUUGAAGUGGAAAAUCGUGCCAAUUUUGUCGUCAUUAAUUCGACAACGGUUGCUCCAACAGUUUUUCUCCUUCUGUUGGGUCAUAUUGACAAAGUUCUAGACGAAAUAGAGUUCAUCCUUUCAAAAAUGAAAUCAGACAUCCUUGCUCUCGCCCACGCUGAAACAGAAAAAGAAAAAGAUGCUGAAGACCUGGAGGAAGAACAAGAAAAACUAGAAAUGUCAAUAUGCCGCAUGUUGAUUGGUCUAGUGACGGCUUUCCAUGAACUUGUGCAAUCUGCUUUCCCGGAAGGAACCUGUGCAGACACUGUUACCAAGAGCUUGACAAAACUAUAUGUAAUUCUUGGCCAUCUCUCCAAAUAUCAUCUUGGGUUAUAUAACCAACGAAUUGGCCACAUGACUGAAAAGUUUGAAAAAUUGGUAAAACUGACCGCAACUCAUUUGACGCAACAAGCUUACGCAAUGAUAACCUACAUGCAAGCGACGCAAAACGUCGAGGACGAGAACGUAAUCGGGAAGGGGAAGAAAAACAAAAUGAACGCAAACAGACAAAAAUCAAUGCAAAAGAAUCGAGCGAUCAAGGAAUCUAAAUUGAUUCCCAAUCUGAUUUACUCGAUUGAGCAGUACGAGAUUUUUCUUAUUCAAUUAUCAAAGAAAUCCAAGGUUACAAAUCUCAUGGAACAUUUCAAGCUUAGCACGUCACGUGAUUUCCGUAUCAAUACAGCUACUUUGGAGGCUGCGUUGCAGGAAGAAAUUGCAGACGACGAGGAGGAGAUAUCCACUAUAAUGGAAGAGGAAAAUCAUGAACCACAACCAAAGAGGGCAAAGUCUGUCUCGUAAGUGCAUUGGAACUGAGCAUAGCUGACACAUAAUUCCCGCGUGUCAUUUAGCUUCAGUUCAACCACAGCCCCCCCCCCUACCAUCUUUAAAUUCCACCUUCACUGGGCAGCCCGCCUUUAAUAUCGACUAAACUCUAAUUGCAGAAACAAUAAAAGGGCUAGAAUAUUGAAGCAUCGUAUACGGCUCUAUUUAUAAAAACGCUUUGCCUGAUGACUAUGAAACGUAGACUCUUUAAAAGCAUUAGACGAAUUUGCUUCAUUCAAAAUCAGUGGUGGCGCCAGGGGAGGGCUACAGCCCCUCCGUCGGAAGCAUCUAGCACCCCCCCCCCCCAUCGGAGGACAUUUUAGGUUAUUGUCGGAGCAAAUUUGACAAAAUAACGUACGAAAACUGCUUAUUUUAGUCAUUUUAGCCCCCCUGUCGGAAGCUCCAGCCCCUCUGUCGGAAGAUUUCUGGCACCGCCUCUGUUCAAAUGUUCAAAAGAAUACAUCAUGAAUUGCUUUGAAGAUUUUGUAAUCAAUUUUUACGUACGUUUUAUGUGCCAAAUGGUGUUUUGUAUCUACCUUUUCUUUGUAUGCCAUAUUAAAAAAUCUGUUCAUUUCUUGUUAAUAUGUUAUUUAAAUGUUAAUCUUUGAUAUUAUACAAUACAAUUCCCUGAGGUUAUUUCAAUGUGUUGUAUUUAGAUCUUACUUCUGGAUAUCGUAGUCAAAUGCGAAAUUUUAAUGAUUUGGUGUGAUAAUUUUAUAUAAAAAAUAUCUUCGAAAUUCAGUAAAACAAAUCAAGCGCAGUUUCUUUUUUCUUUCUCAUCUUUCUCACUUACACCAUCUUGCAUGGUAAAGCAGUUUCCGAUUGUUUCCAUCGAAUCUUAAAAUUGUAUGGAAAAGAUAAUAUUUUCGAACUACGCUUUUAUGUAAGAAAAACCCAAUCUCCAUUUCAUAACAGGAGUUGAAACGAGACUUUCACAUUUUUCUAUUUUAUCUCAAGUCAGACCAACCAUUUUUGGAAAAAGGGGUAUUUUUGAUAGCGCUUAAGUCGUCUCUGUUUCUUAUUAUUCCUUGUACCAAUAAUAAAAAUUGAUUAAGUUUCUUUUCUUACAUUCCUUUGAACGAUAAAAGUAUAAAUAAAGGCAUUCAAAACGAGUAACAGGAACAGGGACAUUUUCACAGUGUCUUGAUCAAAAUGUUUUUAAAAAAUCAACUAAAUAACAAAGUGUAUAGGCUGACAUUAUAUUGAAAAGUUAGGCAAAAUUUAAAGUGUUCCGAUCGUUUCUGUCUCUUGAGUCUCAUUACGAUGAAUAGAAAUGUUUAGAAAUGAGAAAACCUUUUUUCAUAAAAAUACCAAAAUAAAACAGUGUAUAGGUUUACUUGGGCCUCAAUCGCAACUUCCUGUUUCUAGCACUAAUGACGGUAUUUUCCUUUUUAGUGUCAAAACAGGAAUUCUUAAAAUAAUUAAGUUUUUAGGCUUCCAUAUUUAGUGGAAAAUUGGAUUUUUUAAACUAUUUAAAUCCUCUCGCAUUCUCACUCUUUCUUGUCCUAAGGAUAAAAAUUUAUAAACACAUACUUUUUUAAUCGUAACAGGAUGAAGAAAGAUGUUGACAUGAGUAAUAGAUUGUUCAAAAAUUGAUCAUAUAAUCAAGUUUAUAGACUUUUAGCUAACAAACGGCAUAUUCCGCACUUUAAUUCCUGUUCUAACUAUUUCUGGCCCUAAAAACAAAAUUCUAUAAACUGACAUUCUUUUUCUUGUCUUAGCACGGAAAAAUGGUUUAACCUUUGAAAAUAUUAAAUUGCCAAAUGUUCUCACUAUUUCUGAAUCUAAUAGUAUUAGUUUACUAGUUUACAUUUUUUUACGGUAAACUAUGAUGAAUAGAAGAUGGCUGUAAAAAAUCUGGUGCUUUGUCAAAAAUUGUCAAAUAAAACUUUACUUUAAAGUGUACACACUUUAGUUUUUUAGGAAGUAAACCUCUAAAUGAACUCUGUAUAGUCAUAUCUAAAUCGUAUCAUUGGCUUCUCCAUUACAAAUUAUUCCUUCAAUUUUUCUUGCUUAAAGAGAUGAAAAGAUUUUCAUUGACCAUACUGUAAAUUUAGAAUACAAGUGCAGUGUCCAGAAUGGAGAUUUUC